AUGAACCCGGAAGGGGAAGUUGCCGGCGCGUCGACCCGCUCGUUCGCGGCAAACAUCAAACGAGCACUGGUCGACAUGGUCCGGCGUGAAGAUGAAUGCCACCCCCUACCGAAUGUCGACCUGUGCGAGAAGCCCGCGAUCUCAUCUACAAAAGUUACAUGGAUUAUCGUCGGCGUUUGCGUCGGGUGCUUAGUCCUCGGCACAUUCUCAGUCCUCAUCUUCCUCCAUUUCAGGCGCAAGAAGCGGGACAAGCAGGAGGAUAUGGAUGACAGAUUCGAGAGGUCGGAUUACGGCCUGGACGAAAUACCUGCGUCAAGGAAACCGCGGCCAGUCGACGACAUGAACUCGCACGACCGGUCGCCACAGGGCUAUGGGAGACGGUCGCGCGAUCCCCUGCAGGUUGGCACCGAGCCCAAGUAUCAGCCCGGACAGUUAAACGACCAUCUGAAUCCAUUCGACGACGCCUCAUCGUUCAGGUCCGGCAAAGGGUCGCCGAAGCCUCCUAGCGCCAACCCUGCGUGA